AUGAUUAUAUUUCUAUUUCUACUUUUAAAUUUUUCCGCAAUUUCUGCUGACCCUCCAUCUUCUGAUGUUCCUGGAGCUCUUUUAUCCUCUCUCGCCUCCAAAAACCAUAAGAAACUUCCACUUGCUCCAUCAAUGGAGGCUCUGGAACUGAUGGGUGUCCAGUUUGUGGAUGCUCUCAUUAAAAAAGGACAAAUGGAAAUGGCAAAAGGCGCUUUUAAGACACAAUUAGAAGUUCUUGAGAAGGUUCAUCCAGAUCAAUUUGAGAAAUACAAGAAGCUGAAAGUGGAAGAUUUGGCAGCAGAUGCAGUCAUGCAACAGGCUGAAAUGUCGAAAUUGCAACCGAAAACAGGAAACGCUUUUAUCGACAUGUUGAAUGGAAAUGGAAUUCCAAUUGGAAGCAGUAUUCGUGGAUUGGAAGAUGCAAUUAGAACUCAAAGAGAUAUGGAGAACACUGAUCCCUCUGAACAGAUUGCUAAAGCAGUCCUUGACAAAUUCCAAACUCAAAUUCUUCCGGGACUUGUUGCAAACAUGAUUGCUGGUCGAAAUCCAUUCAAAAUGCCUCAACAGAUGAGAAAAGCUCAAGCAGCUCCUUCGGCAGUGCUUCAACAAGCAAUGGCUCAAAGAGAAAUGUUGGGAAAAAGUGCACCUGGAAUAGGAAAUGAACAACAAAUGAUGAUGAUGAAUAGAGUAGAUCAAAGAAUGCAACAGAGAGAACAAGAAGAAGAAGGAGAUGAUGAUGACGUGGAAGAGGAUACUGUACCAAGAAGAAGAAGUUCAAAUGGAGAACCACAAAGUGAAGCAGAGCAUCAAAGAAGAGAUUUGGCAAGGAGGUUGAGGAAUAGUCCAAGAUUGAAAGGAUUGUUGCAGAAUGCCGAAGUUCAAUCUCUUCUAUCCUAUCGUCGAAUGAGAGAUUCUCCACUCAGCAAACGGAGACCUUUGGCCAUGAAUGAUGACGAUGAGAACACGUUCCGAGCGAUGGAAGCAAAAGCAAAACUCGAUCAAAAGUCUCAACUCGUUCUCGGAUUUCACGGGUUUGGAGGAUUAGAUGAUGACGAUGAAGAUGACGAAGAAGAUGAGAAUUCGAUUGAUCCAUCAGCUAACUCUUUCCGUCGUGCACCUCUUCGCUUGUCAUCUGGAUUUGUUGAGAAAUUGAAAUCGAAUGAUGAAUUGAGAAACGCAUUGGAUAAAAUCAAAUAUCGAGUUAAUGACGUGGAGAAGUAUUUAGAACCAAAACCGAUGGAAUUCAAUCCAAAACCUCAACCUGGCUACUUUGUUCCUCGUAAAAUUCCAACAAGACCUCGUAAAAUGCUUCCAUUAUUAAUUGGAUCUGAUCCAAAAACUCAAGAAGAAGUCCGAAGACAUCCUAGUUCCGAGUGGAAGAUGGCAAAAGAGUCGAGAGUUUUAACCAAUUUGAAGAACAAUCCGAGCCUUGCUGCACUUUUUAUGGAUGAGAAACUGGAGAAUACGCUGAGAGGAAGACAAUUGUUAACAGAUGAACAGAAGGGAAGAACUCGAGUUAAAACCAUUCGAGCACUGCCAAGAUUGUUUGGAGCCCCGACUGCAAAAGCUGAGAUGAUUGAUGCUAAAGUCACCCAAGACAUUGAAGAACGUCCAGUGCCUCCACUGUUUUUUGAGCCAAAGGGUAAACAUACUCGUCUGAGAUGGACUGGAGCCAAUGAGAGAGAAAUUCCAGGACUUGGAAGUCGUUUCAUUCUUCCAUCCCUUGACCCAACAAUGCCUGCUCUGAACACUGCUUUCUCAACUCAAGGACGUGCUCGUGAUGAGUGGGAUACAAUGUUCAAAAUCCCGAAUAACUGGAAUCCAGGAGAUGAAGUUGGAUUCAAAAUGAACUCGAAAACGAAACGUUUUGUUGGAGGAAACGGAGCUUUCGAUAUGCCUGCAUUGGGUCUUUAG